AUGUCGACAAGGCAAAACAUGCUGCGGACGAUGAUCCGGUUCGCAAGCAGAGAUGGCAUUCCCUCCUUGUGGUGGGGAAUCUCGGCUUCGAUGCUUCGCCAAUCCACAUAUUCAACCGCAAGAUUCGGCCUGUAUAAUUACUUUGCAGGUAUCGCCAGAGAACGAACUGGCCAGAGACGAUUACCGAGCUCGUGGGAGAUUGUCUGCGCGGGUGCUGCGGGUGGUUUGGCCGGACUCGUCGGAAAUCCCACAGAGGUCCGCAGCUCGUAUUACGUGAUUCGUGGAGUCGCUGAUGUUGGUAUAGGUCGCCUUGGUGAGGAUGUGCGCGGAUGGAGCAAGAUCGCCAGGUCAACGAUUCGGAUAUAA